CUGAAUCCCUUUCCACAGGAGUCUGUCACAGCACGUUAGUAGCAGCCACCAUCCUAACUACAUUUUUUUUUUUGAAAGUAGGCCAAUCAUUGGAUAUAAUCAGAGGCAAUAUUAUACAAUCAACUUUAACUAGAUAUGGAUGCUAGGGGACUGAUGGUCAUGCCACUUCAAGCCUCAAUGUUGCUUGUAGGAAUAUUUUUCCUGUGUUUGACUGGUGUACAAUGUGGAUACCAUGUGACAUAUUCACGCUCAAGUGUCUGUGGUUUUAACGGGGCAUUAGUGGUCCUGCCCUGCAGAUUUGAAUAUUAUGGGAUUGGUUUCUAUCUCAGAGGAGAGUGGUAUGAAGAACGCAGUGGGAGUGUAAGAAAAUAUUCAAAUAAAUAUCCUGACUGCAGCCUGAACAUAGACACACUUUCACACGCACACUCUGGUGUUUAUCACUUCCGGUUUUACACAAGCCUACACAAGAGCUGGAUAACAGGCACAUCAGGGGUCACUCUCUCUGUCACAGACCUGCAGGUGAAGGGGGAUAUUGUUACAUGGAAACAAAAUCAGAUUAAAGUGACCUGUAGCACCACAUGCAGGUCAUCAUACCACCCUCAGUAUGUCUGGUACAAGAACGGACAGCUCCUACAAGACAAAACCACAUCCUCCAUACUACUGGACUCAUCUAGACCUUCUGAAGUUGGCAGCUACUCCUGUGCUGUAAGAGAUCAUGAGGCUCAGCGCUCCCCUGCAGUGUGUGUCCCCAAAAAACAAUGUUGGGGUGUGACCUACUCAUCAACUGGUAUAUGUGUGUUAUUGAAUUCAUCAGUGGAUAUUCCCUGCACUUACAAAUAUCCCCAAGAUCACGGAAUCAAGACAGCAUUCUGGUUCAACAAACAAUCCCACUUACAACCUGAAGACGUACGCCUGGCCGAAGAGUACAAGAAUCAUGUGGAGUAUUUUGGAAACAAAGAGAAUAAUUGUAUUUUAAGACUGAAAGACAUCAGAGAGAGUCACUCUGGAGAAUAUGCCUUCAGGUUUACAACAGAACAGGGAGAGGGUUACUCAGCAUUACCAGGAGUCACCAUCACUGUUACAAAUCUGCAAGUGUUGAUAACUCCAGAAUCAGUGAAAGAGGGAGACAGAGUGUCUCUCACCUGUGAUACUACCUGCAUUCUGACCAACCCCACCUUCAUCUGGUACAAGAAUGGGCAGCCUGUGACCUAUAAACACACAACCAGAGACAACAAGCUGCAUCUAGACCCAGUCAGCAGUGAGGAUGCAGGCAAUUACUCCUGUGCUGUAAAAGGACAUGAGAGUCUCUCCUCAACUGCUGUGUUUCUCAACAUCAGAUACUCACCGAGGAAUGUCUCUGUGUCUAUCAGUCCCGGUGGAAUAAAGGCAGGCAGUCCAGUGAUUCUGACCUGCAGCAGUGAUGCCAACCCACCAGUGCACAACUACACCUGGUACAUGAAGAGUGGAGCUGAAUCUCUUGUUAGGGGCACAGGGGAGAGCAUCAGCUUCAAUCUGACCUCUGAUACCAGUGGACUUUACUACUGUGAGGCACACAAUGAAGAAGGCUCUCAGAUCUCUACUGAUGCUGCAGUUCCUACAGAGGAAUGUGCAACUUCCAUGGCAACAAAAUCAGGAAUGAUGAUAACUAAAGUGAUUCUAAUCAGCAUCCUGGUGGUUGCAACUGUGUCAAUCAGCAUUUACAAAGUCACACGAACAAACAGGACUACAAGAACAAUGAGACAGGGGGUUGAUUCUGAUGCUCACGAUGACUCAUACCCCAGGAGCACACCCCCUGACACUCUGCAAAAUGUGAGGAGUGUGAGUGACACAUACAUGCCUCUCCAGAGAAGAACUCAGUCCUCGUAUGAGACUCUGCAGAGAAGAGAGCCGCCCUCUGCAGAGAUGGAGCUCAAGGAUCUCAGGAUGAAAUUGCAUCACAAACCAUGAUGCCUAGACACUUUACUUACUGCUGUUACAGCUGCAUUAUUAUUAAAUUGUAGCUGUUUUCAUGUUUCCUUUCAAACUAGUUAACGCUCUUUCUACACUUGUCAUAGCGGCAAUUAUGCGUUUAGAAUAAGG